CGGUUUAUUCCGCUUGUUUCUUCCCACUGGCUUUGGGUGUUUUCUUGAACGUCGGUAAACGACGAACCGCACCCACAACGUGCUGUUUUCGAACGUGAAAAUAUCAAUUGUAAACGGUUACUACGUGACGAAAAACGUGAAAAAGGAUAACGACGUGAAGUAAAUGUUUGAAUGACAGAAGGGUGAAACUUCUAGCAAAAAAAAGCAUUCAGUAAAAGUUUGGAGAAAAGUGUUUCUUAUAAAGCUCAAUUUCCAUAAGUCAAAAGUUGCGUAUACCCACACACGUGUUCCCGUGAUAGACAAGUGUGCGUUUGCUCUACUACGAAUCGGCGAGUGUUUCAAGUACGCUACUCACAGUUCUCUACGGCUAGUGUGCUGCUUUAUGUCGUAGAGUGAAGUUGACGGGUUUUGGUGCUACGGAAUUGCUAGGGUGAUGCGAUCUCCGAUCCCAUGGGAAUGUUGCAGAUGAUCAUAAGGUGUUCCGUGGGUGUUCAAUCGAUAGUGAGCGUGUUUUGCGUAUCAAUCAGGUGAAAAAGUGUUAUAUUUCUCCCCACGAUAUAUACGACUGGGGACGAGUGUGUGUGCCAACUGUAGAGGGUGUAUGUGUGUUCAAGUGGAGCUGUGAAUCAGUGCUAAAACAUGAAAAGUCACAGUCGUGCCCGGACUGUGAAACAAUGGAAAAAUCGUCUAAAAUAUCGAUCAUCGCUGAAGAUGAUCCAGGUGCUUACAGUGUUGGUGCUACUAGCGGGCGUUUUCAUACCGGGCCAGUGUCAAGUGGAAGAAGAUGUUGAAAAUUUCGGAGAUCAGUUCCAUCAUCCGGAUCGUGAUUUCGAGCAUGUACCUGCACCGACCAGUAAAGAAAUCAUCACCAACCACAUCGUACCAGAUCAUGGAGAUGGUGAAGGUGUUGCCGGUGAUGCCCACUACAUGGAUGGUGAGCAGGAUAGUGAUGGAACCGGGGCACGAUACACGGAGAUUGGUGGAGACGUUGUGUUGGGUGAAAAAGUUCUCCGAGCGUCCGAAAGUCCUUACUCCAUGCGUACUGAUCUGGAGGUUGAACGUAGAGCGCGACUCAUCAUCGAGGCCGGCGUAACGAUCCACUUUGCACCGAUGGUUGGCAUUACCGUGCGCGGUUCCGUAGUGGCAAUGGGUAAUGCUGAAAAUAGAAUUACACUCACCACGAUGCCCAACACGGGCUAUAAGGAUGUUCCAUCUGAUCCACGUGAAGCCGGUGCAAGACUGGUGGAUGGUCCAAGCCCACUCGCCGGACGUCUUCAACUGCUCAACAACGGCAAAUGGCGUUCGGUGUGCUCCAACUCAAAGAAUUGGACCAUCGCAGACUACGAGACAACCUGCAGGCAGUUGGGUUACAAGGGUGGUCGCUUCUGGAACUGGAUGGAUCGUAUCUCGAACUUCGAACCAAGGUUGCUUUACGAAGAGCCACGAUGUCUCGGUACCGAGGGUUCUCUGUUUGACUGUACCUGGAACUCGAAGCAGGUCGGUUCGGGUGUGUGCGACUACCAUAGUGAUAUCGGCAUCCAGUGUUUACCACUCUUCGACCAGGUAACGCCACACUGGCGUGGUCUAAAGUUCGAGAAUGCGGAAAGCAAAGAGACCCUAUCGUACAAUCACGUGCUGUACGAUUCCAUAUCACUGUCCCAGCUGCGGCACGUUGAUAUCAUGCGUGCCGGUACGGGUCGUGGUGGAUCGGCAGAAGCUGCCAUCAGUGUGCUGGGUGUUCCACCAGUACUCGAGUUCGUAACGAUCGACUACUCAUCCUAUACGGGAAUUAAUGUGACGAAACAUGACGCUGCCUUCAGCUUCCGUAAUGUGACGGUACGCCGUAGCCGUGGGUUCGGUAUCUUCAUGAACUCGAGCUACGGAUCUGCCCAUCUCGAGGGUGUUACGGUGAGCGAAAACGGAGCCGAUGGUAUUCGCUACGUAGGGCAUGAUUUGCGUGCAGACGAACGGACGGAUCGUAGCAAAGUGUUUGAUUUCUGUACGCUUACCUCAACGGCAUGGCAGAUCUAUCCAUUGCAGCUAUCGUUCGAACAGUCGCCCUUUGCACUCUCGCCGAAGGAAUGUGCCCGCUCGUUCGAAACGGCGUACGGAUAUGUUUUGACGAUGCAUUUCGUGUACUUCGAGCUGACGAGAAACGAAUCGGCACAGAUCUCCGUGUACGACGGGAUGUCGGAGAAUGAUCGUUUGCUGGCCGCGUGGGAUGUGCGGAACUCAACGCGUCCCCAGAGUGUGACCAGUACGAGGGAGAAAUUGUUCAUCAAACUUCGGGCUGAUGCAAGAUCAGCCGUACUGGCACACUUCCGUGUAACAUCCGGUGUUACCAAGGCGUACGAUUUAAACGUAACGCAGGGUACGGUCGUCGAUAAUGGAGGUCGUGGCAUUGCGGUAGAUAAUUUAAGAUCUCAGGUGCAUGUGCACGAAACAACGAUCAGCAACAAUCGACAUGCGGCCGGAUUGCACGUUACAAGCGGUGCAGGUGAUGUAAACGUCACCUAUUCGAAAAUCAACUACAACCAGGGUGAUGGCAUUAACAUUACGUACUACGGUGGCAAUAGGAACGUUUCCCGUAGCUACAUUGAAGCGAAUCGUGGUUACGGUUUUGCCAUAUGGCUCAAUCACACAACAACCGAUCGGCAGGAAUUUUUGGAGUUCAACCAAACGACCACAAUCGAAUAUUCGACAAUCGCACGCAAUCUGGAGAUAGGAGUACUGCACGGAAACUACUGUGGUGACUCCUGGGUUAACGUAACCGGAAAUUUGUUCAACGAUAGCACGAGCGAUGCGGUCGACAUACAGUCGUGCUGGUUCGAAACUUUAGACAAUAAACGAACGCGACUACAGAUAGGACACAACAACUUUGAACAUUCACAUCGCAUUGGAGUGGUACUUAACCCGAUACUAAACCUUGAUGGUAGGAUAGAGUAUAAUCACUUUACUCGUGGCCGGUAUGGUGCCCUGCUAACUCGCAAUAAACCGUUGGAGGAAUUCCGGCCAUUGCCGGUACGGUUGCUCAUACAGCAUAAUCACUUCCUAAACAAUGAAGGUAUCUAUGUCGCAUCGUUGGGCCUUUCGCCAAACACCGACAGUAAGACGCAGUGGAUGUUGUUUACGCGUAACUUUGUCAAGGGAAACCGUGUGAAGGAAGCCUUUGGGCCGCUGGAAGAUGAAGGAGAAGGACUUGGUGGUGAGGGUCGUUUGAAUCCCCGAUCGCGUGUUGCUGCACCAGUAGUAAUAUCUUCUAACAAUGUAGACGUCUUCCGGAACAUCAUAUCGAACCAGGAGUCACGUUACGAGGUUGGAUCACAGCUGUCCGAUCAGAGCAAGGCUUUAAAUGUGACAUAUAACUGGUUGGGCAAUCAGGACGAGGAAAAGAUUUACGAUCGACUAUUCCAUCGCAAGGAUCGAUAUGAUCUUGCCAAGAUUGAGUACUUCCCGUACCUUCUACACCACUCAAACCCAGGCACACAGACAAUCGCACAGUACCAGAAGUUUGUACCAUUCUUCCAUAAAGAGGGCAGUGAGCGUAUUGGAGGAGAAGUCGAUGGGCAGGAAAUACUACCCGCAGGCAGCUAUACAGUGGAGCGUGACAUUAACGUACGUCCUGGUGGAAAAUUGAUUCUAAACUCGGGAGUUAUACUUAACUUUGCACCAAGCGUUGGUAUGAUGGUGACGGGCAAGUUGGAGGCAAGAGGACGCGCACCGGACGAUAUUAUGUUCACACUAAAGCGAGAAGCCGUCAUGGUGAACGAUACAACGGAAGCGAUCGUUGACGAUCAAGAGUUUGCCAUGGACAUCGAGACGGAAUCGAUCGUGGAAAAGAUUCCGCACGAUGCACCACAAACGCCCAAGAUUCCGGUGCGACUCGUCGGUGGGGCGAACGAUCACGAAGGUCGUCUGCAGGUGUACACGGAAGGUGUAUGGGGUACGGUAUGUGACUACGGAUGGACCAUCACGAAUGCGGCACUCGUGUGCCAUCAACUUGGUUUGGCACUAAAUCCGAUGGAUUGGCGUUUGCAGCGUUCCGAAGUUCCCGGCGCUGGUACGACUGAGGAUGUGCUGCUGUCGAAUGUUCGCUGCACUGAACACGAUAUAGACAUUACCAAGUGUCGUGCGGAACGUGCCUCACAGGGUGACUUUGAGAACUCCUGCGGACAUGAAAAUGAUGUUGGCGUACGGUGCUACGAAGGUGCCUGGGCUGGGCUUCGAUUCGGUGUACUGGCUGAGCGUGCAGACCUACAGUACGUUACGAUUGAGAAGGCAGGUCUGUUCGACUAUGUGACCAACACCUUCAAGCCCGCAUUGCAGAUGGAUCUUGCUCGUCACAAUCUGGAUAGUGUGCGUGUGGUAGAAAACCUGCAAGAUGGAUUGGGAAUCAUCUAUUCCGACAUCUACGCAGGAUCUUCGGUAAACAAUGUUAAGAAUUCAGAGUUCUCAGCUAACCGUGGGAACGGUAUCAGUAUCAAGCAGCUCGGAUUGAAGGUACAGGGCAGCAUCAUAAAAGAUAACCGUGGAUCGGGGAUCAAUCACGAUCAGGUGGUUUCAUCGCUGGAACAGCGCGAAAUUACUAGCUGGUUCAAUAUGGUACCGGACUUUAAUGUGGACGAUUCGGAUUACCGUCCGAUAUUGGUGCCGGAAAGCGUCACAACCAAUAUCGACAUUGACCAGUGGCAGAUUAAACACAUCAUCACCACACCGGUACGAAACGAUCCGGUCGAGCGCAGGAUCAUCAUUCAAUGUCAACCAGGAUAUGUUAUCGGGAUACAGCUGCUGAAUCCAAUCGAGAAUCGUUCGACGGAAAACAUUUGGAUACACGAUUCGCUUACCGGAAGCACCGAAUCAGACAUCUGGCAGGUUAAGCGAGAUCUCUCAGUAUUCCCACUGACGACUAGUAGCUACGGCGCCAUCUUGCAGUAUCGCAGCGGAACGAAUGCACUUGGUGGAGCGGUACUGGUGCUUCGAUCCAUACAAGCACCGAUACAGAACAUUUACAAUCGCAUAGUACGUGGUCCAGUACCAACGCUGCAGAUCACGUCUACCAAGAUUCAGCGAAACUUCCGCGGUAUUACUGGCACGUACUACAACCGAUACCUGGGCGAGUCUGGCGAACUGUACCUGCGGAAAGCGAAUGAAUCAAUCAAACUGGUCAACUGCGAGAUAAGCCACAAUCGCGAAGAAGCCGUAUUCAUUCAUUCACCGUUCUGGGAUGUACAUGUGAGUAACAUCUCCGAGAUCACGAUACACAUCAACAACAGCAUGGUGCGAGACAAUGGUCGUGGCAUUAGACAAUUCUCGAAGGAUUUGCGAUCGUCGAACAAUCUGUUCCACUAUGUGCUACAGGAUACGACGGUGGAAAGCAACUCGUACGGUGGUUUGGAACUGAGCUUACCGUACGUCUGGCAGUACAAUGAAAAUUUCACACAUUCAGUGUUUCUUGGUAAUGACACGUGGGCAAGGAACCGCAAGUUUGGUAUCUUGAUCGAUGGACACUACGCGGCCAUUAACAUCUCGUCGAAUAUCUUCACCGAGAAUGUGUGUGCACAGGGUGUGAUCGGAUUCCGGGGCAUGGAGAAAAAGAUGCGGAUCGAUAACAAUCGGAUCACGCGGAACUACGGCAGCUAUAUGAUUGAGUUCCGAUCGGACAGUCAAAGUGAGAUUCUUGGUGAGAUACCGGCGUUGCUGGCAUUCAACCAGAUUGAAAGUAAUGAAGAGCUAAAGGAUACAAGAUCCUCGAUGAGGAAUUUCAUCCGUGGUGAGCGUAACAAUGCGAACGAUCCGACCUGUGUGAUCGGGUUCGGUGGUGUGCAGAAGGUACAAAUCUAUCGGAAUGUCAUCUCCAACAAUCAGCAGGAUUAUGAUCUGAUUGCGGGUGUGAAAUCGGCACGAUUGCGAAAUUAUCUGGAUGCACGAGAAAACUGGUGGGGAAGUAGUGACGAACUACACAUUCGUAAGCGCAUCUUUGAUUUUGACGAUUGGAAUAAUCACGCAGAGGCGCUGUAUAGACCAUACUUGAUCGAGGACGUGAUCGAUGGUAGUGUGUCGGUGAGCGAAGGACCAAGUCCACCGGUCGAUUUGGAUGCCCUCGGUGGACGUAUCCUGGAGGAUUUGUCGAUCUACCGACGUGAGCUACCGUACGUCAUACGGUCAGACAUUACCGUCAUGCCUGAUGUGACGUUGAGCAUCUUUCCCGGUGUGGUGAUGGAGUUUGCACCGAACGUGGGUAUACUGGUGCUUGGUACAUUACUAGCGCGCGGUACACGAGAUGCCGAAGUUAUAAUGAAACCCAUCGAAAGUGCCUCCGAAGGAUUGCAUCGGGUGGAACGUUCGCUUGAGAAUAUGGUUAACUACGACUCGAUCCGGCUCUGUACCAACCGGAACUGUUCGCAAGGUGAAGGAGAAAGUGAACGGGCGAAAGAAGGCUUUUUGGAAUACUACAACCACACGACACUGCAAUGGAUACCGAUCUGCGAUCGACGGUUCACGGAGCGCAAUGCUCAGGUUGUUUGCCGAGAGCUAGGGUAUGACCCGUUGGAUGUAUUCUUCGAUCACGAUCGCCGGAUCGAGUUCCAUACGAACUCGCUGACAAGGAUCUGGUCGUGGGUCGAACCAAUGGAAUGUCAUGGCGACGAGUUACGGCUUGAGGAAUGUCCAGAACGGUUGAACGGACAGCUUUACGGACGACGGCACGAAUGUCAGUGGGAUUCGGAGUUUGUGUUCAUCAGCUGCAAUGGAGAACCGGAGCGUCGCAACUACUGGGGUGGAGUACGCUUUGCUAAUCAAGAUUUUGAAUCGAGUAUGUACGAACAUCGGUUGCACGACACCCAUACACAUUCUACGGCACAUCCAGUGGAAAGCGUGAUGGACUUUGUACGCAUUCAUCGUGCUGGAAUGUUGCACGGUGAGAAGUCACCAGCAAUUCAGACAAUCGCCAAAAAUCCCAGUAUUAGUUCGGUGUCUAUCAGAGAUUGUGCCCAUCAUGGUGUAAAUUUAAUUUCACCUACGAACGCUAUACAUCUGAAUCAUCUGCAGAUCUUGCGCACUCUCGGGCAGGGUAUAAACGCGAUCUCGCUCACUGGAGAAGGACGAGAGAGCGAUGAAUCGAGCUACAGUCCGUUGAAAGAUCUCGAUUUGCCGUACAAUCUGUUCUCACUGGUGGACAUUUGCGACACCAACAAGGAGAUCACACUAGAGGAGCGUGUACUGGUCUACUACAAGUAUGACAAUAAUCCGGUAAAUUGUGUUAAAAUCUUCAAAAGCGCAUAUCGUGUGAAACCGCUCGGAUUCCGGUUGCUGCAGUCGAACCUGUUUAACCACUCGAAGGAAUACGGCCGGCGAGAUAUGAUACAACUGAUGGAUGGUGAUAUUUACAACGUGUCAGCACGUAUCAUUGGAACGGUCGAUGCAGAUUCCGACAACCAGAAGCGACUGUUUCGCACGAUCGAACCAGCGCUUAGCGUGCGGCUAAUUGCAAGUGGAGCACCGGCACGGCACGGCUUCAUCGCGGAAGUUGUGACAUUACCGAUUUCGGCGAUUGGAUUUAAUCGUGAUGCCCAGCAUAAUAUAUCCAACUCGGAGAUACAGGGAUGCGUUGGUGGAGCAUUACAGUAUACAUCCGUCGGCGAAGUAUCGCCCAUACUGACGCUAGAGAGAAACCGAAUCUUGAGCAAUUGUCGCCAGCUAUAUGGAAACUUUUCUUCUUGCGAAUCAGCGAUCCGAGUCGACGUACAGAAUAUGCAGUCUCUACAUUUUAGGAACAAUCUGAUCCAGUCCAAUCAGGGUGGUCUCUCCAUUCGGGCAGAUUCUCGCGGUUCGGCUACAUCGUUGCGUGGCUGGAUCCAUCACAAUCUCUUCACACGUAACCGUAACCGACCAGCGAUCUACGUUGAUGGACGUCAAUCUUCACCAUACCAGGAGGUGAUCAUACACAACAACUACAUCACACAAAACGAUGCCACCUUCCGGGAUGUGGUCGUGCUGCGACAGGUCGUUUCAAACUUCACCUACAACUAUGUGCACCGGAACAAGGGUCUACGGAUAGUGCAGGUAUCUGGAUUCGAUCGUGUGAGACUUCCCAUCUAUCAAACAACGACACACAACGGAUUUUACGACAACGUUGCGUCGGAUUGGGAAGGCCGAGCGACCAUUGUCGCUGGAACAGCUGGGCAGCAUUACGUGGAUAACAUUUUUGCAAAUCCGGACAACGACUACGAAAUCAUAACCGUCAAUCGAUCGAUAAUUGAUUUCCAGUACUGGAAUAGCACUCUGGAUGUGUGGAAGACGAAAAUCGACGCCCGUCAUAAUUAUUGGAGCUACAACGAAACGCUCGCGGUUAGUUCCCGUAUACGCGAUCGGUACGAUGAUCCACAAUUGCUGGAGGUGUCCUUCCUGCCGCUGCACAUGAACAAUCUAACCGUGCUGGAUGGGAAGUGUCCACCCGGCUGGACACUGCUGAUCGAUACCUGUUACAUGUACGUUGGAGCACCGAUGAGUUUCCGAGAGGCACGAGACUUUUGCCGUUCGGAUAAUGCUUCGCUGCCAUUCAUCCAUGGUGACUCGAACGCACUGUGGAUGUUUAUCGAGCAACAGUCACGCUACCUGCGGAACUACGAGCGUGUUUGGGUGCAGGAUGCCAACUACAUCGAUCGGUGUACGUCCUUCCUGUACCAGAGCGUCGAUGUAGAGGAGUGUCACAAUCGACAUGCGUUCUUGUGUGAAAUUGACCCAAAGGUCGAAAUUGAUCCUCUCCACUGGACGGCAAGUUUAGAAGUGAUCGGUAUUAUUGUCGCAUUGGCAUUGGUCAUAGUGCUGAUUUGUGUUGUGGGUUGCUGCUGGUGCCAGAAGUCACGCUACCGGCAUGCGCAGCGUUUGCAGCGACGCAACAGCAUCCGUCAGAGCAUGCGCAGUCUGAACAGUAUUGAUCCUCAAGGAUCACUUCGAAGAAGAAAUUAUGCUAUGUCACGAUCGACGGAUACACUCCGAACAGCUACAACGAACGAUUACAAACGAAUGGCAUCGAAUGGUUCGAUCGAGUCCGUGGACAAGAGUGUCCUCAGCACCGAAACCAGUUAUGAUGUUUACGACCAGAAACAGAAACAACAGUACAACAACGAGUACGCCGAGCAGCUGAAGAGUCAGCUCGGUUACAGCGAAAGCAAUGGCGCACCUUCGGAGUACAUUUCGAGCGCUAAUGGCGCAACUCCAGCCAAGACAAAAGUGUACGGUUUGCCAGAAUAUAGCAGCCACGGUGGAAGUAUUGCGCUCGAGUUAGCAUUCCGCAAUGAAGGUUUCCGGGACACGUCAACCACCUACUCCGGGGUGACGCGUAACAAUUCGCUUAGCACUGCCAUCAACGAGGAAUCGCCGAUCAUACACGCACCGGGUGGUGAAGAAGAAAUCGAAGAAACUGGUUCCGAUUACUACGGCAAUUCGAGCACACUGCCGAUGCGCGUACAGGAUAAGCUUUCCUUUCUGCACGAGCUCAAACAACAUCUGCCUGAGUACGAACCACCGACACCGGGUGCGGUAAGCCACAGCAGUUUCCAACCGGCCCGUAACUCUCAAACCGAAUCCCUGUCCGGUGUGUCCGGUACCACAUCGUACGGUGUACAGAGAAGCCCACCGGCAAGACCUGCCCUGCCAGUAAUGCCUCCACCCCUGGGUCACGUGUACCAGCAACCGUCGAUACAGGUUCGCCGGCCGGCACCACCCGAACCGGAGCAAAUGCGUCGACCCGAUUCGUACAUGAAGGCUGUGAAGAAGUACGCCACACCUGGGCGGGAACGGGACUCCAUAUUGCCACCGCCACGAUCGGACAGCCAACGGCCAAAGACACUGUACGAGUCGUCCGGUGAGCAGCAACCGGCUGUCUCGCCCAUUAUGGAUCCCUCACCGACGAUGCCCUCGAGUUCGAGAAGCAACUAUGCACGCUCAAAGUCGGAAGCGUUGCUGGAAACAAAUUUCGAUGGUACCGGUCCUGCACCGCCCAUGCUAAGCGCCGACAGCCGCAGUUACUCGCAACCACUCGAAACUGCAAUGUGAGAUAAAUAUUUUAAUUUAAAGUUAAUAGCAUAAUUAGCAGCGAAUCGUGCUUUCUAUUUGUUUUGUAAACGAAUUGUACAGCUAUAGCUUUAAGCAACGAACGAUUUUCAAAUAAGCGAACAAACAGGGCGAAGCCGAGAAAGGGACCUUAAAGGGCACAAAUGCGCUUUGAAGGAAAAGCUCGCAAUACGGUGACAUUUGUACGGUUUCGCGAUUUCAGGCGGUGCUUUUCGAUAGAGCUUAUGUGCGUUCUCUCUCUCUCUCUUUCUCUCAGUAGGAUAAAAGCGGUUCUACUACAUUACAACAAACAAUCGUGAUAAAGGACGAAUAAAUUUUAGUGGCCUUACUUGUGUGCACCUGAGAACCACAGUGGAUAUAAGGUGCCUUAACUUUUCAUUCCACAUUAUGUUAGCUUUCAUAGCUCCCAGCCACUUCGGUGGUAGGGAUUUGUUAGGUUCCAUGACCAAUGAGAAUUCAUCCUGUUCGUGAUAGCGAACGAAGAAGAUGUUUGUUAGAGCAGUGUUUCGAAAACGAAUAAAAGCCUUGUUCUAGA